AUGGAGAUAAGAUUGAUUUCCGCUGGUCAUGGCGGGACCGAAGUGAGGGCGCCGCAUUAUCUCACAACACAGCAGACGACGUCCACCCUUUCCACACUGCCUAAAUUAUCCCAUCCUUAUGAAAGGGUGUAUACUUCGACUACAAACUAUUCAGUGACCUCUUGUGACCUGAGCCCAGGUGUUGGGUGCACCAUGGAGGCCCAUAUGUGUCUUUCCCCAGCACCCAGAAAGGUCAAGGUCACAGAGGGCUAUGUUGACCUGCUGGCUGAGAGAAGAGACACCAGUGACCUACGGUGGGCAAUAAGGGAGUGGCAGUCAAGGGGAGACUAUCGCUAUGGCUGCAACAUGACCCGCAAGGAGAUUUUUGACCAUGUGAUACACUCUGACCGUGUCCGGCACACUAUAAGUAAGCUGGUGGAAGAAGGUGGUGAUGGCAAGGCACUUGAGGCUGAAGUAGAGGAUAUCCUGGAGCAGAUGGGCCACACACAGGAGCUUGGGGUCAUCCGUCAGUUUGCUUUCGUGUUGCCAAAGAUCAUGAAGAAGAUCUAUGGUAAAGUUCUCAUCAAUGAAGAUGGCAUAGAGAAGCUACGAAAUACCCAUGUGGAAACUCCUGUGGUCUUGCUGCCAACUCAUCGCUCUUAUGCUGACUUCCUUCUGGUCUCCUAUAUUGCCUACCACUACAACCUGCCACUCCCUGUCAUAGCUGCAGGCAUGGACUUCAUGAACAUGGCUGUAAUUGGGGACAAAUUGAGGGGGUCAGGUGCCUUUUACAUCCGCCGCUCCUUCAUGGACAAUCCUUUAUACUGGGCAGUCUUUCAGGAGUAUGUGCAGACCAUUGUUGAGUACACAGGUGCGCCUCUUGAGUUCUUCCUGGAAGGGACGAGAAGCAGGAGCGGCAAGUCACUGCCACCAAAGAUUGGCUUGUUGGGUUGCGUGUCUGAGAUCUGGCUUAGGGGCAGACUACCAGACCUUGCCAUUAUACCCAUUAGCAUCUCUUAUGACCGCACGCUGGAGGAGAAACUUUAUGCUUAUGAGCUCCUUGGGAUCCCCAAACCACCUGAAUCAACCUCAGGCCUGUUGAAAGCCACUAGCAUCCUGAAGGAGAGUUUUGGAGACAUCUUCAUUCACAUGGGUGAGCCAGUGUCCCUGAGGAGCUACUUGGGACCACGGGUUGACAGGCACCUGAGUGCAUCCAUUCCUGCCCACCUGGCUUCUGUCACUAGAAGUGAGUUGUGUGCAUGUGAGGGUCUUGGUUACCACAUUCUGCGCCAGAUUCAGCAAGGCGCUGUGACAAGUGUGUGGAGUGUGGUGUGCAUACAGCUGGCCCGUUCCCUCCACGGUGGCUGCUGGUCACUCCCUUUGGCAACCCUGGUAAAGGAGGUGGCCUGGCUUAUUGGUAUACUUAGGAGGACUGGCGCUGCUGUGGCCCUUGAAGGCACUGUGGAGGAAGCUGUGGUGAGGAGCCUGAGUGUACACAAACAGCUAGCAAGUCUUGGGGAGGACAGAGUUGUGUAUAUCUCAAGAAUACACCAGGCAGACUCACAUCCACCCACCACACAGAAGAAGCUUAAUUUGUCUGCUGCCACUGUGGAAAGUGCUGUCACCCACCUCAUGCUGCAGCAUUACAUCAACCAGGCCAUCCAUCUUCUUAUCCGUCCCGCACUGGUGGCACUAGCUCUCCAUUCCCUCCUCCAUGAAACUAACACUCCACACACUGAAAACUUGAAGGAGAGGUUUGCAUUCCUACGAUCUCUGUUUUGGUUUGACUUCAUCUUCGAGAAGGAAGUAGAGGGCAGGGACUUCAUGGAGGGGCUGUCAGUGCUGACAUGGAGUGGGGAGGUGAGUGUGGUGCAGGAGCAGGUACAGAUGAUGCGGAGUGAUAGUCCAUUCAUCACCACUCUGCUCCACCUCCUCUCUCCCUUCACCCUCACCUACUCCUGCACUGCCAUCACUCUGGACUCACAGGUGUGGGAGGACAAUGGCUUGCUUGUGACAGCCAUCCAGAGCCAAGUAGAGAGGUGCAUUGGCUCUUCAGGGCUUUACUCAGCACUCUCCCUUGAUUCCAUUCGUCAUUCCAUUCGGGCCUUCACUAAGUUGGGUAUAGUUACCAGGACCACCAGUGUGGAUGGACAGGCAAGACUUACAUCAGAUCAACAAAAAUUGGCAUCAGUUGUAAAUAUACUUGGCACUAAACAAGACAAGCAUUUGCAGGCCAGGUUAUAGCUCUGCUAAGUCCAACAGCUUAUUGGUGCAUGGCAAAUGAUGAGGAAUAAAGGAGUUGACAGAGA